AUGAUCAGAGAUGAAACAGAGUUGGAUAAAAAAAUUGCUAUUCACCACAUAACAGGCAUGGCCACAGAAAAGCUAAGAAAAAUGAGUGAAGUUGUGUUUCAAAAGACAAACACUAAAAUAGAUAUCUAUACAACAGUCAGAAAUCAAGGAAAAGAUAGGGAACGCACCACCUAUGGAAUGAUAAUUAGUGAAGGAGGAAAAACAUAUAAAGAGGUGCUGAGCAAGGUGAAAGCUAUCGUGAAAACAAACUCCUCAGUAGACGCGGUAAGAAGUAUUAAAAGUACGAAAGACGGAAAACUUUUGCUUACAAUCGAAAAAAAUCAAGACGCCCUCACAAACAUUCAUAAGGCUCUCAAAGAUGACAAAUCAGGACUAAAGACCAAACGCCUGGGAAUCGAUAGAUACGAGACACUGCACAUUCGGGGAUUGGAAGCUGACUCUACCGCUGAAGACAUUAUACAAUCGAUCAGAGAAACCGUUGGAAACUGGGAAGAAGACAAUAAACUCAGUGAAUUAAGACCCUUAAACAACGACACACUUGCAGCCACUAUAACAUUGAAAUCAGAUUAUGCAGAAACCCUGACAGAACAAGGAUUCUUACGAGUCGGUUUAGUUAAAUGCAGACUAGAAAAGAGGCUUAAUAUUAAAAGAUGCAUAAAAUGCUGGUCCUACGAACACACCGCAGAAAAAUGUGAGGGAACAGAUCGCUCAAAACAUUGCUUCAAAUGCGGGGGAAGUGACCACUCCUCAAAGGAAUGUACCAAUGACGAAUCGUGCCCAAUCUGUAAAGAGCAAGGCCACAAAGCCGGUACCAUGAAGUGUCCUGAGUUUAAGGCAGCACUUAAACACUUAAACAAGCCAGACUGGAGGAAAGGUUAA